AUGACUCGCACCUACGCCGACCGCGGCACUCGAACACCAGCCCAAUCACCGUCUCGAACUGCAGCCAUGCACUUUCCAGUUCCUGAUCCCAAACGUAGCCGGAUUGCGCAAGCGUCCUCAGGAUCGGGGGAUCCUAGCGCGUCCUCACCAAUACUCACUAUCGCGCCGGAACUUCGAAACCAGAUCUACGAGUACCUACUUGUCGAUCUUGAUCCUAUCACGAUUGAUAACACCACAGUUGAGUAUGCAAAGAUCAAGGCAGCCAAAGGGACUUCUACCUCCAUAGGAAGCCCUACUGUCCUUCUUACCUGCCGUCAAAUCUACCACGAAGCAGUUGGUGUCCUUUACAGCCGGAACGUCUUCCACUUCCAAUACAACAUGAUGAGAGAGCGGUUCGGCGUUUUGGUCACUAGUCCCAUCAAAGUAUGCGCAGGAUGGAUAGACAACAUUGGCUCUUGCCUUCCGAAAAUGCGCACUCUCACCAUCAGCAUGAACAUGCCCGAAAUCCCAGAACAUUACGCGCAUUUUGAGGAAUGCGACGUCGAAAUGUAUGUACACGAUCACUCCCGCGAACCUACAGACGUUUUGCCGUUACUCGACGUGUUCUGGAACAGCGACGCGAGCAACACAUCAGUCAUCGUUGAGGUGGCUGAGAACGAUACAUCGGAUAUGUCAGAAUCAGAAUUUGAAGAGCCAAGGCUUGACACAACGAUCAUCGCACAUGUUCUUUCCGAGCUCGGGAAAAAGGACGCACUCGAUUUGCAGAAAUCACGUCGCUUGCUGGAAGCGGUUUACGUAGAUACGACCGGCAACCAAGGCACCGUUGCGUAUCGCUCGACUCAUUCCAAAGCCAAUAUGCGACGCAAGUUUGAGCUAAUGACCGAGACACAACGAUAUGAGAUCGUUCCUCUACGAAACCCAUCGAAUUUAUUCAGCCUACCUUACAAUAUCACCGGCACCAUCACUUGUCUUGCACUCGAUGAUCUGGAUUUCACUUACAACUUCCACACGAGUGUCACACAUGGACACCAACCCGGCAUGCUCUGGGUCAAUUCUCAGCUUCGCCAGCUUGUUGCCCCAUGGUUUCUACGCAGAAGCCGCUUUACCCUGGUUCUAGGUACUGAUUCACUCAAAUCUUCCAAGGCAAUGUUUGAUAGGCUUGAUCGUCGCAUUGCAGAAACUUUGAUCUCUCGGCCUCCAGACUGGCAGACACAGAUACGCUGUAAUCCGAUUUCAGCAAGCACGUUGUACAGCAACGCACCAACGAUCAUCUUGCAGUUCCAAACAAACGAACCACCGCACCUAGCUGCCGUCCAAAUCAACGCAUGGGAUCUCUUACGUGUCACUGCAGUCUUUGAGAACAGCACUGAUGUUACUGUCCGCGUACACGGUGGCAACGGAAAGAUCCAAGACCGUACCUCGAAGUUGGGCGAUAUUCGAAAAGACGCCUACAUACUCUUGAAGCAUAUAAGAACCGAGACGCGUGUAGAUACUCGCAAGCUCAGUGUCCAAGUGCAGCUGAACAGCCAGUGUGUCCCUAUGUGGGCCACCCUCCGGAAGACUAGAAAAGGCCUGCAGCCUUCCGUUACGACUAUAGUGGACAGUUGGGACACCGAGGAGCUUAAAUCGUUGUUCGAUAGGCUUGAUUCUGACCGGCGGGCGAAGCUCGAGGAAUCAAUGGAUGAGAUCGGGAUAUGUUUGAGUCCAUACUGGCCACAAGAGGAUGGAGACUCCGAGUGCUGGGAGAAUAAGUCGAUGGAUGACGUUCUUUGGCGUCUGUAUAACCUCUGCGGUUGA